GAUUACGUGCUGUUGAUGCGUCGCAAUCGUGCGAGGGACACUAGUUCGUUUUCCAGAGGUUUUGAUGAAACGUAAAUUUCAAAAUACGAGAAGAGUUUAGACAAAAUAAAACUCUGAUUGAAGCGGCAGAUAUCGACUUUCAAUUAAAGAAAGGAUUGAUGUUAUUGAAAAGUCGAAGAGUAAUGUAACCUAAAAGGUACAUUACGAAAAUUUAUCAAAAUAAGAUACGUUCAAAAUGAAUAUACACGUUAAUGCUUUAUUUUCACGCGUACCGUCUAUUUUGAGUAAACGUUCAUUAUUUUAUGACGUAUUUCAAUGCAUCGAUAAAAGAAUACUUCUUUUUCAUAUACCUAGUUGUUGCAACAAGGAUAAGGAAAUGAAGCUUCACCACGCGCAACGUACAAGUUCCUACGAUCAAGUACGUCUGAAAUCGUUUAAACGUUAUUUGGAUUAUUCGAAAGUACCGACCAUCGAUGAGAAUGAACUUGAGGAAAGAUUUGUAAAAGGAAGCGGUCCAGGUGGUCAAGCAACUAAUAAAACAAACAAUGCUGUAACUUUGAAACAUAAACCAACGGGGAUCGUUGUAAAAUGCCAUGAAACAAGAAGUUUAUGGAUUAAUCAGAAACGCGCGCGAGAGAUAAUGAUCACCAAACUGGACAAUUUAUUAAAUGGCGAUCAAUCGAUCGAAAGUCAAGAACGCGUGCUUAGUAAAAAGAUGUUAAUAAAGAAACGACAAAGGCAGAAGAAACUAUCCGAUUUAAAGAAGUCGUUUAAAGAACGCGAAGGACUCGUAUGAAUCAAUAAAGAAUCUCUAUCGUUGAAAAUUCAUCUUGCAUCGUUGAUAUGUAGUAGACAAAAAUAAACAAUAAAGUCUCAUUGACAUUGACGAAAUAA